AUGGCUCCCCAGACUUGGCUCAUCACCGGCGCCUCCUCAGGCCUCGGCCUCGAUCUGGCUCUCGUUGCCGCAAAGCAAGGCAACAAGGUCAUCGCCACUACACGAUCCCUCGCAAAGGCCCAAAAAAUCACCGACAAGAACAUCACAGUCGCCCGUCUCGACCAGAAUGAGCCCCUGGAGCAGAUCAAGGCCGACAUGGACGCCAUCAUCAGCGCCCACGGCCCCAUCGACGUCGUCGUCAAUUGCGCCGCGUAUGUCCACACCGGCAUCAUCGAGGAUCUUACCCCUGAGGACACAUACGCCCAAUUUCACACCAACGUCUUUGGUGCCCUCAACGUCUACCGCGCUGUCCUCCCUCACCUCAGAGCCAAGCGAUCGGGAACCCUGGUGACCAUCGGAUCAAUGGCCGCUUGGUUCGUCCACCCCGCGGCAAGCUUGUACAAUGCCUCCAAGGCAGCUCUUCGUUGGCUCAGCAUCGGACUCGCCAGCGAAGUCAAGCACUUGGGAAUCAAGCAUCUGCUGGUUGAGCCAGGCCGCUUCCGCACCGAUCUCUUGAACCAGACGGGAAACUUCAGAACAGCAAACGGCAGCAACGGCAUCGAGGAUUACAGAGAUAUCAGCGAAGCAGCCAAGGAAAGCCUUGCUCGUGAGGACCACAAGCAGCCCGGCGAUCCUGUCAAGGGUGCCCAGGUCAUCUACGACGUCGUUACCUCUACAGGUGUGGCCCAAGGCAAGGAAAUGCCCUCAUUCCUGCCACUGGGGCCUGAUGCCAUCCAGGAAAUCACUGCAUCGGCGCAGGCGGCGAUUGACGUCUGCCAGGAAUGGAAGGAGAUUGCCAGCUCAACGGAUUACGAUAAAUGA